CACCCGCACGCCGAAUCAAAGAACUCGCCCUCCAACCGACACUACAUCAACAUCUAGUCAACAUGGGUAAGGUCCACGGCUCUCUCGCGCGUGCCGGCAAGGUCAAGUCGCAGACUCCCAAGGUCGAGAAGCAGGAGAAGAAGAAGACGCCCAAGGGCCGUGCCAAGAAGCGUGCCCAGUACACCCGCCGAUUCGUCAACGUUACCCUCACCCCCGGUGGCAAGCGUUCGAUGAACCAGCAGCCCGCCGGCAAGUCGGGUUAAGCACCCUCCCCCCACAAAAAUUUCGCUGUAUCCACGACAACGGUUACUGGGAGGACGCUGUAGACGGCUUGUACGCAUUGAGAUGGAGUUUCUAUCUGCAUCUGGG